AUGGCGAUGAUGAUGACUGGCCGUGUGCUGCUGGUGUGUGCCCUCAGCGUGCUGUGGUGCGGUGCCGGCGGUGGCUACGCGUGGGAUUUUGGCAGAGAAAACGAAUCGUUGCGUAAAAAGCACUAUGGAGCAAACGGCACAUACUGCAGGCUCAACAGCAGCCUCUUUUUUUGCAACGAAAAAAGAAAUGCAAGUGAACUCGAAGAAACUGUCUCACAGAAGAGUACAGUUCAGAGAGAGGAAGGGAGUGACCAACCGAAAGCCGGUGAUUCCUCUGGAGGGCAGGACCACGGUUCGGAGAAAAAUGGUUCGGAUCGAUCGAUAGGAAACUCAGGUACAACAGAAUUAAAAAAUCCUGGAGAGAGAGAAACAACGCCAACACAACCAUCAACGGGAGCGGAAAAUUUGCCGAAGCCAGCGGCACCGGGUGAACCAGAAGCCCCCGGCACGACGACAGAACUACAACCACCGCAGCAGUCACCGCUGCAGUCACCGUUGCCGGCGGGAGGAACACCACCACCAACAACAGCAACACCAACUGCCGAUGGUUCCUCUGGGGGGCAGGACAACAGUUCGGAGAAAAAUGGUUCGAAUGAUUCGGAAAAAACAGACGCAGGCCCACAGGAGUCACAACCGCCGAAUGGGAACGUAACAGAAACACCAACACCAGCAACAGUCACCGCCGCUCAAACAAGUGCCACGAGGACGCCUGACGAGAGUGACGGCAGCACCGCGGCCUCCCACACCACCUCCCCUCUUCUGCUUUUUCUUGUUGCGUGUGCGGCUGCUGCUGCGGUGGUGGCCGCGUGA